AUGAGCCUACCGAGUGCCCACGUAGGUGUAUCAGCUCGACGCGCUCAUCUCAGUCUCGUCACCGACCUAGGCGUUCGUCCAUCUCCCGCCUCGAUCGGCAUUGAAUGUAAGAAGCGCGACGCCGACGCCAUUGCCAUCGCCAUCGCCAUCACCAUUACCAUCGCCGUGGCCGUCGCCAUCUACAGCACCAGCGCCAACGCCGACGCCGACGCCGACGCCAGCACCGGCCGAAACCACCGUUAA